GUCAUGCCUUCCCGUUAAAUUUACAAAUUUUUCUUUCCCAUUAUCGAAAUGAUCAGGCAGUCUCCGCGAAAGAUAUCGAUGUAUUCGAAUAUUCGAUUAAGAUAUUUCGUCGAAUUUAUUUCUCUUUUUGUGAAUUUUCUUCGUUACUCGCUGAUGUACGACGUGGCGAAGAAAGAAAGAAAGAAAGAAAGAAUACCGUAAGAAAAGUACGAGAAUCGUACGAUUACGUCGAAAACCAUGCCUUUAUGAUUUUCACUCGAUGUAAAUCUUCUUCGUUGAAUAUUUCGAUUUUUCGGCAUGGUUAUUGAGAUACGACCGAGUAACGAUGAUAACGAUGAAAGUAAUUCUUUCUACAUCCGAAUCCCUGCAAACUUACAAGCAACAUUUUACAAUGAGAAUGUACUCGACUUACGCUGUUUACAACAAUAAUCUCUCCGAUCCUUACUCGACAACCUUUUUGCAAUGGAUGAAUAAUAGUAGAAUACUCAUUUUCUUUACCGUGUCUCUAUUUUUUCAGAUACGAAAUAAAAUAUACAUGUUGAACAUAAGACGUUGAAGUGAUAUCCUCCAUGAUUUUUGUUCUUUUUACGCGCAUCUUAUCUUCCUAUUUACCAACGCACCAUGAUAUCGCUGUUUACGAUUAGUGCAAGAACAAACUUAAUUACGCCAUACAUUUAUCUUUUCAUUUCUAUAAUUAAUUUAUUUAUUUUCUUGUGAAAUAUUUUUCCAUUCCAUAAUCGAUUUAUAUCUGGUUGAGGGAAAUUUUCAUCGAUUACAAUGGUCCGAUUUGUAACGUUUCGAUCGUAACGUAUCAACAAUGUAAGCUAAUGAUAACCCACCGCAUGAAUAACAGGCUGAGUUUCGUUAAAACCAUAGUUGUGCCGAAGUCCAGUCUCUCGAUCACUUUCGACACGCUCGCUCGGUAUCGAUCGAUCCCGUAUUUCAUAAUAAAUUUAAAAUAUUUAGAAAUUGUCGACUUACCGAAUUUAUCUGACUCGAUUAAAUUGGGUAAAGCCGGAGUUAUUCGACUCGCUUGGACGCCUAUCGUUUUGACAAAAAUUAACCGAAACAAAGGUCAAAUAUUAAAAAUUAACCAGUGGUUCGUAAUUCAUAAUGGAUUUUUCGACGUUUCUAACGAAUGUCACGAGAAGGCGAAAGUCUAGUAUCCUUCGUGAAUUAGCGAUGAAAUUUAUAGAAGCGAAAGAUGCGAUAAGUCUAGCUAAUGGAAUGCCGAAUACAAAGACAUUUCCUUUCGUGGAUAUCUCCGUAACGUACAAGGGUGGAACAAAAGUAAAACUCGUCGGAGAAGAGUUGUCCUGGUCUCUUCAAUAUGGUCCUUCCCAAGGAUACUUACCAUUGUUAAAAAAAAUGCGAGAAUUUCAAGAAUAUUGGCACAAGCCGAUAUACAAAGACUGGGACGUACUUUUCACGUCUGGAUCGAUGGACGGGUGUAGCAAAAUUUUCGAGAUGACUUUAGAAACAGGCGAUCCUGUGAUGGUUCAAACACCGACUUACGACGGAAUUCUAAAUGCGCUCACACCUUUAAUGCCAGAAUUCAUCGAAAUUUCACAAGAUCGGGAUGGUAUAAUUCCGGUAAAUAUAAGAAAAAUUUGCGAAGAAAGACGAGACAGUGGUAAACCAAUGCCAAAAGUCCUUUACGCGAAUCCUACAGGAGCCAAUCCAACGGGAACAGUUUUGACGGAAUCGCGAAGAAGGGAAGUUUACGAAUUGGCUGAUACAUACAACUUUUUAAUCAUCGAGGACGAUCCCUAUUGUUUUAUCCAUUUCGUCGAUAAGAAACCUACCACCUUCCUCGAAUUGGAUACCAAAGGACGUGUAAUACGUUUGGAUUCUUUCAGCAAAAUUCUAAGCGCCGGUCUUAGAUUAGGCGUUGUUACAGCGCAUAAAGAAGUCAUUAAAAAAUUAACUACACAUAUGGAAGCAACAAAUAUUCACGCUUCCUCUUUAUCGCAAGUUUUGCUGUUCAAAUUACUAAACGUAUGGGAUCUGGAGAAGAUACGGCAACAUUUUAACGACAUUCAGAAAUUUUAUCACGAAAGACGAGACAUUAUGCUGUCUUUGAUGGAAAAACAUCUUACCGGAUUGGCAGAAUGGAACGUUCCAAAGGGUGGGAUGUUCGUUUGGCUAAAAGUGAAUAAAACGAAAGAUGUAAUGGAAUUGGCAAGGAUGAAGUGUAUUUCCCAAGGGAUUUUUCUUAUUCCCGGUCAUGCGUUUAACCACGACCGCUCGAAACCUGAACAGCAUCUCAGACUAUGCUACAGUUACGCGACACCGCAAGAAAUCGAUAAGGCGCUUUCAACGCUAGCUACGUUGAUACGCGAGGAGAUAAGAAAGUAGAACUGGAAACGGAGAUGAAAUAUAUUAUUUAUGUUUCUUCUCGUCUUUUCUUUUACAGCUAUGAUUAAGUUCGUACUUCUUUUGUAAUUUGUAGAAUGUGAAUCAUUAAGAAAAUAAAUAUUAUAUAUCAAGCUUUUAAAUAUUUUAAUUCAUCUUCCCGUGGAAAAAGGACAGAUAUAAUACAUUAUAGAUGGAUAUAUAAUUUGCAAUUUUUUAUUUUUAAUUCUUUUAAUUUUAAUUUGCGAUACAAUAAGAUAAAAAAAAAAAAAAACGAGGCAUAUAUGUAUUCUUUUUUAUAAUUCGCAGCUAAAUUCAUGUAAGAUCUCAAUAGAAAUCCGCACUAAUGUUGUGUGGUUUCCUUAAGGUUCGUACGAUAUUUCACUUGGAAUAUUAUGUUUUCAGUGACUGGUAGAUAUCGAAUUCGAUCUUGAGUUAUCGAUAUGAUUUUGAAUUCGCAAUUUAGAAUUUACGCUGGUGGCUGCGAUGUGAAUGACACGAAAAAUAUCGCAGGGCUAAACAUUAGUAAAAUUCGUUUAACUAAAUAAGCUAAAGCAACAGCAAGUGUCGAAAAAGGUUAGGUUAUCUCCAUUUACAUCGAUCAGCAGUGCCAA